AUGUUCAAUUAUCGAGUGGUAAAAUUAUUCAAAAAUAAAACUAAUCCAAUCACAAUUGCUGGAAUCAAAGGUGUAAGUGGAAACACUCUAAAUACAUCAACAAUCGGCCAGAGCUACGGUUUAUUUGUCGACAGUAAUGAGAACCUGUUUGUUAGUGACUCUAACAACAACAGAGUUGUUCGCUAUCCAUCGAACUCAUCGAGUGGUAUGCCUGGUUUGGUAGUCGCUGGAAAUGAUACAGAGGGAAGUAGCGCUUCACAGCUGUCUGGACCAUAUGGAGUGUAUGUCAAUGCAGCUGGAACAUUAUACGUUGCGGAUUGUUGGAAUAAUCGAAUCCAAAGAUGGAAUAAAGGAGCUUCUUAUGGUGUGACAGUGGCAGGCACUGGAGUUAUCGGUAAUAGUUUAUCUCAGCUGUUGUAUCCAAUGGGAAUUGUUGUUGACUCGAAUGAAUACAUGUAUAUAGCGGAUACUGGGAACAACCGAAUUCUUCGCUGGCCACCAAAUUCGACUUCUGGUGAAUGUAUCGUGGCUUGUACUGGGUUAAGCGGAACAGCACUUGAUAAGCUGACUAUGCCAUUUGCAUUGGCAUUUGAUAGCUAUGGAUCUCUAUUCGUUAGCGAUCAAAUCAAUAGUCGAGUACAGAAAUUUCAAAUACUUGAUGGUUUUAGUACAACUUCAACGACAAUGUCGACUUCGACAACAACAACAAUGACAAUGACAAUGACAAUGACAAUGACAAUAACAACAGCAACAACAACAACAGCAAUGACAAUGACAACAACAACAACAACAACAACAAUGGCAAUGACAAUAACAACAGCAACAACAACAACAGAUCGCACAACAUCAUCGGAAGCCUCAUCAAAGACAAGUAGAACACGUUCGACAACAGUGCUGAUGUUAAUUGCUGUAUUGGUAAUGUUCUUCUUGUCAAAAACAUUUUCUAAUAAUUGCAAUAACUUAUCCUAUUAUUUUCUAGCUUGCAUUCAUUAA